AAGCGCGUCAUCCUUACGCGACAAAAUCGCGUCCCGUCUCUGCUCGAACAAGUCCUUUCUUUGCCUUUCCCCUUGCCAUUUUCAAUUCCAACUCUACACCACCAACUCACCUCUCUGACCCACUCGAUUUCGACUAUCAGCAAUCAAUCCACUACCUCACUCGUACAUACUGCUUCUAACUGCUGCCCGGCAUGCCGCCCGAUAUCCGCAGCUUUUUCGCUCCAAAGGGCCAGGCCACUUCGACUUCCACUCCAGCCAAAGAGAAGCCCAAGCCCAAGGCCACACCCACUCCCGCCAAAGAGAAGCCCAAGCUCAAGGCUACGCCCGCAACUGCCCGAAAGCCAGCUGCUCGUAAGCGUCGCGUCGUUGAUUCCGACGAGGACGACGAAGACGACGACAAAGACUCGCCGCCACCACCUCCCGCGAAGAAGUCGCCCGCCACAAAGAAAGCUCCCCCCAAGUCCGCCGAGAAGCCGAAGGAAGCCAAGGUCGAGUCGUCCUACUUCUCUAGCUCUAGCAAGAACAAGAUUACCCGCACGUUACCGGCGCGGUCAUCAAGGCCGAGGAAGGUCGCGGAUGUAAAGAAGGGGGCGAGUGUCCUUGACGAUGACGAUGAUGUGGCCGAUGAUAUCUAUGUUGAGGCGUUUCAGAAGAAGGACGAUGGCUACAAGGAAGAGCCGCAGGAUGAGGAUAUGGACGACUUUGUGGUUGCCGACGAUGAUGACGACGAUGAGGACGAGGACGAGGAGGAAGAGGAUGUGAAGCCAAAGAGACGGGGCGCUACUACGAAAACGCUGGUCAAAACGCCGGCCAAAGCUCCCACCAAAGUUCCCGCCAAAACUCCUGCCAAAACCCCCGCCAAAACCCCCGCCAAGGUGAUUGUUAGCAAUACCUCUAGUAAAACUUCUAGCACCGUCGGCAGGAAGAGGAAGCCGGCGCCUUCUGACUCGGAGGACUCGGAAGAUGAUUUUGAAGAGGAAGCGCCGCAGAAGAAGAAAACUCCCGCCAAAAAGCCUCCGGCGAAGAAAGCACGUGCCCCAGCGAAAACGAAGGAGGUUAUCGACAAUUCCGAUGUCAAGAAGAUCCUCGAUGCUAUUGCGACAGUCCGAGCUCCGACACCUCCGCCCCGAGAGGAGGGAAAGAAAUUCAACUUCAAGGAUUUUGCAGGACGGCAGGCGGCGCCCCCGGCAGCUCCGGGGAGCAAGGAGAUACCAACUGGUGCAGAGAAUUGCUUGGCCGGAUUGACGUUUGUUUUCACCGGAAUCCUAGACAGCAUUUCCAGAGAAGAGGGGCAACAGCUUGUCAAGAGAUACGGAGGUAAAAUCACUACCGGCCCUUCGAGAAAGACCUCCUACGUCGUUCUGGGUAGGGAUGCUGGCCCCUCGAAGCUCGAGACUAUCCGUAAACUCGGGAUCAAGACGAUCAAUGAAGAUGGUCUAUUUCAGCUCAUCUCGUUGCUUCCGGCUAACGGAGGAGACGGGGUGGCUGCUAAAGACUGGGAAGCCAAGAAGGCCGUCGAAGAGAAAAAGAUUCGGGAGGCAGCCGUGGAAAUGCAGAAGGCAGCCGAUGCCGAUGCUAAGGCGGCCAAGGCUAAGGGAGUGGUAUCUCAGGAUGAAGGGCAGCUGUGGACGACCAAGUAUGCUCCCAGCAAGAUGACGGACAUCUGUGGCAACAAGGGCCAGGUGGAAAAGCUGCAGAGAUGGUUGCGUGCCUGGUCCAAGAACUUGAAAUUGAACUUCAGGGUCAGAGGCGCCGACGGAGCUGGCGGAUACAGGGCGGCCAUGAUCCACGGACCACCUGGAAUCGGAAAGACCACUGCUGCGCACUUGGUUGCCAAACUGGAGGGAUACGACGUUCUCGAAUACAAUGCCAGUGACACCCGAAGCAAGAAAUUGAUGGAGGAAACCAUGCGUGGUAUAUUGGAUAACACAUCUCUGAUGGGUUAUUUUAAAGUUGGCGACAGGAAGCAGGAUAUGAUGAAGAAAAAGUUAGUUCUUAUCAUGGACGAGGUGGACGGUAUGUCUGCUGGUGAUCGUGGCGGUGUUGGAUCGCUGGCUGCGUUUUGCCGGAAGACGAGUAUACCGAUAAUCUGUAUCUGCAAUGAGAGGAAGCUUCCGAAGAUGAGGCCGUUCGACACUGUCACCUAUGAUAUGGCGUUCCGACGACCGGAUGCGAGCAUGAUUCGUUCUCGUAUCAUGUCUAUUGCUUUCAGGGAGGGAAUCAGUCUCAAACCCCCCGUCAUCGAUCAGCUUGUGGAGGGAACGAGAGCAGAUAUUAGACAAAUCAUCAACAUGCUUUCGACCUACAAGACCACGGCGAAAUCUAUGGACUACGACCAGAGCAAAGCAAUGGCCAAAUCGUGGGAAAAACACAUCGUGUUUAAGCCUUGGGACAUUGCCGGAAAGUUGUUGGGCACGGAAAUGUUUGGUGCUAACAGCAAGAAGACGCUCAACGAUAAGAUGGAACUUUACUUCAACGACCACGAGUUCUCGUAUCUCAUGAUCCAGGAAAAUUACCUCAAGAACAGACCGGACAGAGCGAACCAGUACAGCGGCAAAGAACGAAGUCUGAAGCUCCUGGAACUCGCCGACAACGCUGCUCAGAGCAUAUCCGAUGGCGAUCUGGCCGAUGCCAUGAUUCACGGCCCGCAGCAACACUGGAGCUUGAUGCCUGUGCAUGGCAUGCUUUCCACCGUCAUCCCCUCGUCGUACACAUAUGGAAGUUAUGGUGGUGGUCCCAUGUCAUUCACUAGCUGGCUGGGGAAUAACUCCAAGCAGGGAAAACUCAUGCGUUUCAUCAAGGAGAUCCAGAGUCACAUGCGUCUACGGUCGUCUGGUGAUCGCCACGAAGUCCGUCAAUCAUACAUCCCCAGUUUCUUCAACUCACUCGUGCGCCGUCUCGAGGUCGAGGGCAAGGACGCCGUCCCAGACAUCAUCCAGAUCAUGGAUGACUACUUCCUGACCAAGGAGGAUUGGGACAACAUCAUCGAGCUGGGAGUUGGGCCCUCUGACGAGGGCACCGUGCAAAUUCCGUCCGCUGUCAAAUCUGCCUUUACUAGGAUGUACAACCAGCAGUCUCACCCCCUGCCGUUCAUGAAAGCCUCCUCUGUGGCUGCCACCAAGGCUGCUAAGAAGGACGUGCCCGAUAUCGAGGACGCGAUUGUCGAGAGCGAAGACGAGGCUCCUCCGGAUGUCGAGAAGGGGGAUGACGAGGACGAUAUCACCAAGGACAAGUAUGUUAAGCAACCCAAGAAGAAGCCCGCUGCCAAGGGUAAAGCGAAGGCCAAAGACGGUGAGGAGAAGCCGAAGGCAGCAUCUAAAGCGAAGGGCGGGGCAAAAGCUGCCCCAAAGGGUAGAGCGAAGAAGGCAUAGUGAUCUGGCAUUUACGUUGGGUUAUACUUUAAUGUGAUUCCUUUUUUCCCAGUUUGCUGUACAUUAGAUACGAGUGGCUUUUGUUUUCUUCUUCCGGAAUUGAUCACAUAAUUGGGAGGCA